AGCGUUGCCCAUGCGAUGCCGGUGUUUAGUAUUGACCACGUGCACGUUUAGUCAUUUCAUGAUUUGUUUAUACGUAAAUGUAAUGGCUAAACACAAUGAUUUAAGUUUUUGCAACAGGUAGCUCAUUGGAAAGUAUUCAGUAUGAAAACAAUUCAGCUAGCGUAUUCAGCGAUUCGUUAUACAACAAAUGUACCAGUGAUGAUAGCACUCUAUUCUCAACGUCCUGUCUAUUUAUUUCUCGGACGAAGUUUGAACACGGCAUCUACUUUAAUUCAACCUCAUUUAACAGAUAAACAUCGUGGAAUAAUUGAGUCAUGCUGCACCAUCGAAGUUACAACCGAUCGGCUAAGCUAUGCAUCUUUGUGCCUGGAUCCUGAAAAUAAAAAUUCAGUUAUCCUUUCCAGCUGGAACAGCCUUUCACUCAAUUUGCCUUCUGGAAAGGAAUUCAAACCGUAUAUGUGUUCCUCCAUGUUCAAAGCUACCACUCAACGUCUGGUACAUGAUAUUUGCUCAUCUGAAAAAUUGACCAGUAGUCAGUUCGCCUUAGUGUAUGUAUCUUCUAAAUUAUCUUCAGCCUCAUUGGUACGUGCGGGUUUUAUGGGCUACCUUAUCGGAUAUUUGUGCACAGAGUCCAUUAAACAAGAAUUUUUACCCCCAUGCUACCUUCCCGUUUUCACCAUGAAUCAUUCUUAUCGAAAACAUAUUCUCUCAUCGUGGAGAUCUAAGUUUGUGAGCCGUAAUCCAGAAUGUAUAAUUCGUGGUAUUGAAGAUCUGUUUACCACACUACCUAAGCUUUCGUUUACUGACGGCAACUCUAUAGCCACUUAUACGAAUAUUUUUCUCAAUAUAGAUGGCAAUCUAUCAAAUUCCAGUGUACGUAUUCCUAAUGAGAAUCAAAAUAUUACCUACAAUCAACUUAGUCUUGCUAAUGUUCUUGUAGACGGAUAUGGUUUUCUUGUCCAUGGAAUAAUGGUGGUAAAUGAAAAGGCAUAUAAUUGUUCUAAUAUAAUUAAAGACAACAUUCUAUGUAGUAACUAUCUUGGAGCAAGUACUGAUGUUAUUCUCCGGCCUAUCUCACCAUUAUCAACUUCAUUUACUACAAUCCAUAACUUAGACGUUCGUAAUGUCCAUCAAGCUGUAAUCAUGGGUUAUCUUUUAGCAUUUUUAUCAUCCAAUAUUAACAAUACAUCAACAAGUCAAUUAUGCAUAUCAACUAAUUGCCCAGCAAUAGAAACUUUAGUAAAAUGGACUAAUCAAUCAAUUAAUCGUUGGACAACUUAUUUAAGUCAUCAAAUGUUUAAAAAUCAAUCCAAUAUUACGUUCUCUCUUCUUCCUGUGAAAUCUAGUCAUUUAAAAAAUAUAUCAGCCCCAAUAAAAACUAUACAUAAUAAUAAUGAUAAUAAUAAUAAUGAUUCAUCAGAAAUUAUUCAAAUACGUGUAGAAUCUUCACAAUUGUUUUCAAUUUAUAAAUGUUUUAAUUCUAAAAAUCAUGAACAUAUUAAUACUGUACAGUUUUUACUAGCUCGAUGUUUGUUUACAUGCAUGUAUCAUUUGUUAAAGGAUAGGUAUUCGAUGAUGGUUUAA